AUGGCCUCCGCAAAGGGGGUAUUGCGGAACGUGCAGGCGCAGGAGGAGGCGUCUCCGCAUUCCCCGCGUGAAGGGGGGGUCUUGCGCAACGAUGAGCUGGCGCGUCAGCUGGAGCAACUUAAAGACAUCGACGCAUUGCAGGCCCUAGCACACAGCAUGGCAGCAGGGGGGAAGGAAGGCUCAUCUGUUCUCACCGCGGCGCAACUGGGGGAGGUGAUAUCUGCGCUGCAGGCGCAGGUGCAGGCUGAGGUGGCAACACAUCAUGACGAGCUGCUGCAGCAGCUGUCCUCGUUAAAAGACACAGAGGGUGUGCUCUCUGUGGUGCGCGCUGGAGUCGACUCGUUAUUAGCCUCGGUCCAGCGCGUGCGGGCAGAGAUAGCGGACCCGUAUCGGGCCAUUCAGGUGAAGACACGUCAGCUGGCCGCCCUCUACGACACCAUGGAGCUGCUGAGAGCCGUCAUUAAGUACCUCAAACUGGUGCGCAAGCUGAGGGAGCAUCUGAGUGGGGGGGUAGAGAAAGCAGAGCUUGGGAAGGCGGGGCAGGUGUGGCAGGAGGUGGGGGCGGUGCACAGAGAGGCGCAGCUGGGGGGGGUGCUUGUGGUGGAGGCACAGCACGAGUGGGUGGCGGAGGCAGGGCAGGCGAUUAGGAGAGAGGCGAUGAAGGCGCUGGAAGGGGGAAUGGAGGCGAUGAACCAGGCUGAAGUGGGCAGCGUGCUGCAGGUGUUUUUCAACAUGGGUGAGCUGCGCCAGACAGUGGAUCAGCUAGUAGCAAAGCACAAGGGGCAGGCCAUGAGAGCCGUGGCGACAGGGCUAGACAUGAAGGCUAUCAGCGCCAGCAUGGGAGCUUCAGGGGGCGGUGGAGGGCUGGGCGGGUCAGUAGGCGGACCAGCUCACCUUUCCCUCGCUUUCCCACUCCCUCCUCCUUCCUUUUCCCCUGCUUCCCAUCGUGCACCCUCAGGAGGAGCCAUGCGCAGUGGCACUCCUCCAAUGGGCGGUGCCCCCAGAGCCCGGGAGGCGCUGUGGCAGCGGCUGACUGGAUGCCUGGAUGAGCUGGCGCGCGUGAUGGUGCUGACGUGGCACCUGCAGCGAGUGAUGGCGAAGAAGCGCGAUCCGAUCUCGCAUGUGGUGUUCCUGGAUCACGUGCUGCAGUCAGGGGACGCGUUGCCAACAGAGCGGGUAUGGGAAGCCUUACUGCGGGCCUUCUCAUCGCAGCUGCGGGCCACGUUCACCGCCUCCUCCUUCGUCAAAGAGACCUUCGUCUCCGCCUUCCCCCGCCUCCUCGCCUCCGUAGAGACCUUUCUCGACCGCCUGCAGGCCGAUACAGACGUGCGCGUGCUGGGGGGAGGGGGAGGGGGAGGGGGAGUCGGGGGAGGAGCGGGAGGAGGAGGGGGAGGGGGAGGGUUUGGGCUGGGAGCGGUUGGGGGCGGUGCUGUGGUGGCUGGUUCGUGGGCCAGUGGUGGCACUCCGCCGGUUAUUUCUGUGGAGCAUCGCGCGCAGAUGCUGGCUGCUCUCGAGCCGUUUCAGGCGGCGUAUCUGGCCCUCUCCCUCUCUAGAAUGACUGAUCCGAUUAACACGAUGAUGCCAGCUGCAGGGGGCGGGAGGGGGGCCUUGCCGGGGCCGGAGGCGGGAGUGAGGCUUAUAACGAGGAUGGAGGAGGAGGUGGAGGCGGUGAAAGGCAAUGGAAGGUUGCUGAGGCUCGUGCUGGCGAAUGCAGGCAAGGCGCUGCAGCUUCUAGCAGAGCGAUGCGAGUACCAGGUCGCCACCGGCCCUGAAUCCCGUCAAGUGCUCGGCCCCUGCUCGCCAGCACAGCAGCGCAACAUCUCCCUGUGUGUCCUCCUAGGGGCAGUGCACACUCGCUGCAUGCAGCUGCUGGCCCGCCUGCCAGAGGAGGCAGACUCAGUGAUGGAGGCGGGUGUGGGGUCCGUGCAUGGGGUGGCCAUGGACGCCGUGGCUCCGCUCUUCAAGGCCAUGCGCGACCGCAUCGAGGCCUGUCUCCUGCAGAUCCACCAGCAGGACUUCUCUUCAGACGACCCCAACGCGCCUCCCGCCUCCACCACCCCGCCACCCCCCGGCGCUGCCUCAAGAAACCGCACCAGCAGCGGAGGCUCCAGACCAGCCCAGAAACAGAACCAGCAGCAGCACGAGUCAGCGGGUGACAACUGCUCGCCAUACAUGGAGAACACCAUCCGAGCCAUCUCCCACUUCCACACCGAAUUCACCUCCAAACUUCUUCUCCCUGACUCCUCCUCCUCUACCUCCUCCUCCGCAGCGCCGGCCUCGUCUAUAUUCGCCGCAUCUCUGUCUGGUGCCGCUGCCUCGGGCCCUCUCUCCCCCUCCACGGCCCUGCCCCCUGCGACUGUGUCAGAGCCUGUUGCCCAGUCCCUUGCAAAGCGCCUUGCAUCUCGCACACUAUUAUUCUUCGUCCGCCACGCAUCGCUGGUGCGCCCGCUAUCGGAGGCGGGGCGGCUGAGGCUGGCGAGGGACAUGGGCGAGCUGGAGUUCGCAGUGGGGCAGCACCUCUUCCCCACGCACGCCCUGGGGGCAUCCUACCGCGCCCUCCGUGCAUUCAGGCCGCUCCUCUUCCUCGAUCUUGAUAAGAUCCCCACCAGCUCACUGCUGCAGGACCUUCCUCCAAGUGUUGUCCUGCAUCAUCUCUUCUCUCGCGCACCCCGCGAGCUGCUCUCUCCCUUCACGCGCAUCCAGCAGCCCCCAGCGCGCUACUCACUCUGGCUGGACCAGCACUCGCAGCAGCAGGCGUGGCAGGGCAUCAAGGCAUCAUUAGACGACUACGUGGGGAGUGUCAAGGCGAGGGGUGGGAAGGAGUUUCAUCCGGUUUAUUCUGUCAUGCUGCAGCUGGGACAGGCUCUGCUGGCGGGAGGCAGUGAGGGCAAGUAG